GCCACAUACGCAAGCGUCCCCGCCCAACUUCACAUCAGCUCCUUUACGUACGGCUACGUCGGCAUCCCAUAAACCUUUGCGUUGCAUUGCGCUAACUUCUUCACGAGACGACAUUUGGAGAAGAGAGGACACAUCCUGAAGUGUGAAUCAACAAGGCAUCAAAUAUGGCCGAGCACAUCGAAGAGAAGAUCAAGAACUACAGGACGGCACCCUUUGAUGCCCGCUUCCCCAACACCAACCAGACACGAAACUGCUACCAGAAUUAUCUUGAUUUCCACAGGUGUAACAAGGCUCUGUCAGACAAAGGCCAAGACACAGCUCCAUGUGGCUGGUACCAGAGGGUCUACAAGAGUCUGUGCCCCUUGAGCUGGGUUGAGAAAUGGGAUGGGCAGAUUGAAGACGGAAGCUUCCCUGGAAAAAUCUAACCGGACCAUUUAUUUCUCCCAUAUUGAGUACCUCAUGAUGUUUUAACCAUGUGACACUCUUAACGUUUUUCGUUUUGGUUACAAGUGGGAGCCCCUUUAAUACCAUAUUAGGGCCUCACACUGUUCUAAAUUGCAUUGUCUCUUCGCUGACUUACAUGUUGGUUACUUAAAUAAAGACGCACAAUUUACCUUC